GUGUGUGUGGAAGGACCUUCGCUAAACACUUAGAAACCGCCACGUGUCCCUCCAUCUACGUUCUCUCGUCUAUAUAUCAUCGCUCUCUCAUCGAUUCAAGAUCACACCACACACCAAACCACCAAACACAGAGCUUCAGAGAAAAAACACAAAAAACAAAAAAUGUUCAUUGAGAGUUUCAAAGUUGAGAGCCCGAACGUGAAGUACACAGAGAAUGAGAUCCAUUCAGUGUACGAUUACGAAACCACAGAGGUCGUUCAUGAGAACCGUAACGGUACAUACCAAUGGGUCGUCAAACCAAAGACUGUCAAAUACGAUUUCAAAACAGACACUCGUGUCCCCAAAUUAGGGGUUAUGCUUGUUGGUUGGGGUGGAAACAAUGGAUCAACCUUAACCGCUGGUGUCAUUGCUAACAAAGAAGGAAUCUCGUGGGCGACUAAAGACAAAGUGCAACAAGCCAAUUACUUUGGUUCACUCACUCAAGCUUCUUCUAUUCGUGUUGGAUCUUACAAUGGUGAAGAGAUCUAUGCUCCUUUCAAGAGUCUCCUUCCAAUGGUGAAUCCAGAUGAUGUUGUGUUUGGUGGUUGGGACAUUAGUGACAUGAACUUAGCAGAUGCUAUGGCUAGAGCCAGAGUUCUUGACAUUGACCUGCAGAAACAACUUAGACCUUACAUGGAGAACAUGAUCCCACUCCCUGGAAUCUAUGACCCUGAUUUCAUCGCUGCGAAUCAAGGGUCACGUGCCAACAGUGUGAUCAAAGGUACCAAGAAGGAACAAAUUGAUCACAUCAUCAAGGACAUGAGGGAGUUUAAGGAGAAGAACAAAGUUGAUAAGUUGGUUGUGUUAUGGACAGCCAACACAGAGCGUUAUAGCAAUGUGAUUGAAGGGCUUAAUGAUACAACGGAGAAUCUAAUGGCUUCUGUUGAAAGGAAUGAGUCUGAGAUCUCGCCUUCUACGUUGUAUGCCAUUGCUUGUGUUCUUGAAGGCAUCCCUUUCAUCAACGGGAGUCCUCAGAAUACUUUUGUCCCUGGUCUUAUCGAAUUGGCUAUAUCGAGGAAUUGUUUGAUCGGUGGAGAUGAUUUCAAGAGUGGUCAGACUAAGAUGAAAUCUGUUUUGGUCGAUUUCCUUGUUGGAGCUGGCAUCAAGCCUACUUCAAUUGUGAGCUAUAAUCAUUUGGGAAACAACGAUGGCAUGAACCUCUCAGCACCACAGACUUUCCGUUCUAAGGAGAUUUCCAAGAGCAAUGUCGUGGACGACAUGGUGGCUAGUAAUGGCAUUCUCUUUGAGCCCGGUGAACACCCUGACCAUGUCGUUGUCAUCAAGUAUGUACCAUAUGUUGCGGAUAGUAAAAGAGCAAUGGACGAGUACACCUCCGAGAUAUUUAUGGGAGGGAAGAACACAAUUGUGAUGCAUAACACUUGUGAGGACUCUCUCUUGGCUGCUCCAAUUAUCCUGGAUCUUGUUCUUCUCGCUGAACUCAGCACCAGGAUCCAAUUCAAAGCUGAAGGAGAGGGAAAGUUUCACGCUUUCCACCCAGUAGCUACCAUACUCAGUUACCUCACAAAGGCACCUCUUGUACCACCUGGUACGCCGGUGGUAAAUGCUCUGUCAAAGCAGCGGGCAAUGCUGGAGAACAUCUUUAGGGCCUGCGUGGGACUUGCUCCGGAGAACAACAUGAUCAUGGAGUACAAGUGAAGGAUGAAGAUGAGGAAGAAGUAAGGGGACCUAAGACAUUAGGACAUAUGAAGACAUAUAUGCUACUCCAUUGUUUCGUUAUAUAUAUCAUUUUGUAGAUUUAUUUUAUGAAUGUGUGUGAGAGAUAUAAUAUGGGGGAGGUUAUGGUUAAUUUGUGUGAUAUGGAUCUGAUCGGUUUAUUUGGUGAGAAGAUUAGCUACCCUUUUGGAUCAACUGUGUAAUAGAAUCAAAAGUAACUA